UGGGACCGGGCACCCCUCCCCGCUUUGGGCCGAGGCCCCCUCCUCCCAACACAGGGCUUGGGUGGGCUCUGGGGCGGGAGCUGCCUCCCCAGUGGGGGGUGUGGGUGGCGAUGCUGUGUGUGUGAGGGUCCCUCCCUCCCUCUCCGUGUUCUGCCCACACGGGAGUUCGGGGGUUCGGGUGUGGCCCCGGUCCGGGCGGAUCGCAGGUUCUCGCGGGCAAAGGGGGGAGACCCCGUGCUGGAGGAGCACAGACCCCCGGCCAAUGCCCCUGCAGGAGGAGGCAGGGAAGAGGGGCACCCAGCCCAGGUAGGCACCUCGCCCCUGCCUGCGGGUGGGAGGAGCCAGCCCGGCCAGGUGAGCUCCCGUCCCAGGCCCCAGGCGGGUGUGGUGUGAGUCUCCCGCCCUCCUUCCCACUGUAUGUCAAAGGGUGGCCCAGCAGGCAGCUAGCAAGCCUGGGUGGCACUGAGUCAGUCUGGAGGAAUGUUCUGGCUGCCCCUGGCUCCGCCCUGCCCUGCCUGCCCCCACCCGGCCCUGGUCCCCAGGUGCUGCUGGCCCUGCGUCCCGGCCAGGAGUGCACCAGCAGCUGGGCCUGGGCUUGCCUAGAGGAGCUUUCGCCGGGCCCUGGACCUGGCCCCACAGCCGGCACCCCAGCGCCCCUCCCCCACCAGCACCCCUCCCCCACCAGCGCCCCUCCCCCCAUGCCCCACUGAGCCCGGCCUCACGCUCCCACGUGGCUCCUGGGCUGGCCCUCCGUGAACAUGCUCCACCUAUGUGGCUGGCAACGGCAAUGGGCCCGGGGUGUGGCAGGGAUGUGACGGGCCCCCAGUGACAUGGGACCCCCCAGCGAUGAGAGGGGAUCCCCCAGGCAGGGCCCAGGAUCCAGGAGAGAGGGGUUGAAGAAGGGGGCUCCCCGCAAUGAAGGGGGUGCUCUGAGUGCAGGAGGGCGCACGGGCUGUGCAGGAGGGUACAUGGGCUGUCCGGGCCUGGCCUGCUGGGCUGGGGCUGGGGGCCGAGGGGAGGCGGCCAGGAGGCUGGGAGGCUGGGAGGCCGGGCCUGCGUGGGUCAAGCUGGUGCUUCGGCUGAGCCUCCAGCCACUCUGAACAUGCACCCCUGGCCACCCCGGUCUGCCUCCCGCCCAGCGGACGGGGCAGUGGGCAGGGCCCUGGGGCCAUCCCCCCAGGUGACCCCGCCUCCCUGGCCGUCCCGGCAGGCAGGGAAGAUGGGGCACCCAGCCGACGCCCACAGCACCCCGGCCCCGGCUGGCACUACGGCGGGGCCUGGGCUCGUUCCGGACCUUGUUGCCAGGACGCCCUGGCCCCACUGGGCACUCGCCGCCGUCACCCUUGCCGCUGGAGUCCUUGUUGCCUCCUGCAUCCUCUGUGCCAUCUGCCGCUGCUGCCACCGCCGCCGCCGGCGCAGGAAGGAGCCCAGAGAGAAGGAGGCGGUGGGCCUGGGCCGUGCACACAGCACCACCACCCCGUGCCCGGUGCAGCCGGAUGUGGACACCCUGGGGUGCGGUCCUGGGGAGCCCCAGCAGUGGGGGCGCCUGCAGCUGGCCCUGGAGUAUGACCGUGGGAGCCAGGAGAUCAGGGUGAGGCUGAAGCAGGCGGCUGACCUGAAGGCGGCGGGCACGGCGGACCCCUACGCCCGCGUGAGUGUCUCCACCCAGCCCGGGCGCUGGCAUGAGACGAAGGUACACCGCGGCGUGCUCUGCCCCGAGUUCGAGGAAACCUGCUGCUUCCUGGUCCCGCCGGCGGAGCUGCCCGGGGCCACCCUGCAGGUGCAGCUGCUGGACUUCAAGCGCUUCUCCGGGCACGAGCCCCUGGGCGCGCUCAGCCUGGCCCUGGGCACCGAGGACCUGCAGCACGUCCUGGAGCGCUGGUUCCAGCUGGGCCCGCCGGGCACCGCCCAGCCCGAGCUUUUGGGGGAGCUGUGCGUGUCUCUGCGGUACGUGCCCGGCGCGGGCCGGCUGUGCGUGGCGGUGCUGGAGGCCCGGGGCCUGCGUCCGGGGCCGACAGAGCUCUACGUGAAGGUCCAGCUCAUGCUGGGCCAGAGGAGGUGGAAGAAGAGGAGGACGUCUGCCAGGAAGGGCUCUGCCAGCCCCUACUUCAACGAGGCCUUCACCUUCCUCCUGCCCGUCAGCCAGGUCCAGAGUGCGGACCUGGUGCUGGCUGUCUGGGCCCGGGGCCCGCAGCUCCGUGCCGAGCCCGUGGGCAAGGUGCUGCUGGGUGCCCACGCCUCCGGGCAGCCCCUGCAGCACUGGGCAGACGCGCUGGCCCACGCACGGCGGCCCGUGGCCCAGUGGCACCGCCUGCAGCCCGCCGGGGAGGUGGACCGCACGCUGGCCCCGCAGCCCCGCCUGCGCCUGCCCCUGCCUCACUCCUGAGAGCACCCCGCGCCUCGGUCUCCCCGGGCUGAGCUGUGGGCACUGUCCGGGCUGCAAUAAACGCCUCUCCCUGCCGUGUGCGUACUGCUGCAGCCCUUGGGGACUGGGACGCAGGGCCGGGGCUCCGUCCUCAGCGUGGUGGCCCCUGUCCAGACCCAGGCCCCGCAGAUUCUGGCUGGGGCCGGGCCCUGGGUGGAGGGGGCCCCCGAGGGAGAGGCGGGAGGUGGGCUGCAGCCGGGCACAGUGUGGGGGAGGGACCCUACUGCCUUCGGAGGCCGGGCUGCCGGGCCUCCCCGUGUGAACAGCAGGGGGCAGUGGACACCUUCGGAAGAAGCUGGGGCUUUGGGGGUGCAGCCCUGGCCGACGCCUCCCGUCCCCAGGCAUCUGGGCUCCUCCACCGCGGGUCUCCUCUGACCGUUCUUGUGGCCUCGGAGCAGGCAGGGUGGGGCCAGAGCCCCGGGAGAGGGUGACAAGGGACGGCCCGGGUGCCUCUCCAGGGUGGGGCCCCUGGGGGCAGGGGGGGGGCAGCCAGGCGGCCGGAGCCCCGGUGAGUCAGAGAGAGGCUCCCAGGCGGGCGGUGACAAUGCCCUGGGGUGCAAGGAGGUGUCUGAGCUGCCCAGGUGAAGCCGCCCAGGUGAAGGGGUCGGGGCAGGCUGGCCCCACCCCCGCCCCUGCUCCCAGCCGGGAGACAGGCUCAGGCUGCCCAGGCCGGGAGGCCGUGUUUGGGGGUCCGGGCCUGACCCGGGACGGGCUUGCCGACGGGGUGGAGGGGACAGCUGACAGCAGGGCCCAGCAGGGAGAGGCUGCUGCCGUCGCCAGGAGCAGAGAGUAUCGGUGGCCGAGCCAGGAGGCAGGCUGGACGCCGACUUGGACGGGCCUCGAGGCAUGACCUCCCCGCCCCGAGCCGGGAGCCCCUGUGGGGCGAGUGGCAGGGCCCGUGCAGCUGUCCCCGGCUCCUUGCAAGGACCAGGGAGGCAUCUCGGGCUCGUCACCGGUCCCUAAAUAGAGCCACCCAGCCGCGCCCCCCCAAGACUUCUUGGCCUGGACGGCAGCACGCGGCCGGGCAG